UGCACACAGGUACACACACACACACACACACACACCUGGGUGCUUGCUGUCCCCGUGCCCGCCCCUUGCUCCCGCCCCCGCUGAGCCCUUCAUAAAGCAGCUCAGCGCAGCUCGGCACAGCACAGCACGAUGGAGACGGGCGGGUGCCGCAUGAGCGGCGCGGAGCCGAGCGGCCCAGCCGCCAUCACGCUGGAGGACCUGGAUGGCAUGGCGGAGGAGAGCCCCGACUCGGCGUACCACAGCCACGGCAGCAGCCUGGAGGAGGAAGGGGCCGAGCGCAUGGACGACGAGGAGCAGGAGAGGCUGCUGAACUAUUGGCAGAGCGUGGGCAGGGGGCACCAGGUGGACGUGCCCCGCGACAUGGCAGAGCCCAUCCAGCAGCUGACCCGAAACAACAGCCCCCAGGAGAGGCAGAGCAUCCCGUUCACCCUCAUCCAGCGCAAAGAAAAGCUCGGAGACCUGCUCUACGAAAAACGUCAGUACGGGAAAGCCAAGUGGGCCUGCAUAAGGAUGAAAGAGAAGCAGUACGAGCAGAGCAUCUGCCUGGGGUUCAUGAAGCUCAUGCGGUACAUCUGUGAGCAGAACUCCUCAGGGCUGUACCUGGGGAUAACCAUCCCCAUUGUGACCAUCGUCCACACCAACGAGUCUCAGUCGGAGAUGAGGCAGGCGGUGACGGUGGCAUACUACCUGCCCGAGGUGCUGCAGGACCAGCCACCUCACCCCUUCGACUCCGACAUCAUCAUUGAGGAAUGGCCUUCUACUAUUGUUUAUAGUAGGAGCUUCAGAGGAAUCACCAACGAAGACUCUAUCAUGAGAGAAAUCAACCUGCUGGCAGAAAUCCUGGAGAGCCCCGAGCUGUGCCUGCAGGACACGUUCAUCAUCGCCGGGUACACGAACCCCGCUGCUGCCAACAGACACAACGAGAUCUGGUUCCUGCAGCGGCCGUAGCCCCCAGCUUCUGAUGCUCAGCCCCCACAGGAACCGGUCCCGGCCUGCUGGCACAACUGAAAAUCCUACAAAUCCUACAACUGAACGGGGUGGGACCGGCUGUGAGACCCCCAGGAAGCACGGAACGGUGGCUGCCAGCUUAGCACGGCAACCACUGCAGCUUAAUGGGCACGCAGAGGUAACACCUGAUACUGACAUCAUUUCCUGGGUCAACUUUUACAAUUCUUACACAAUCGUCACAGAGAUUUCUAGCACUAUAAA